AUGAACGGAGAGUCACACGAAGACCGCGAACAGCGGAUUCGAAAGUUAUGGAAGACUCUUGACACCCGUAGCGAGGGUCAGCUUGACCUACCUGCGCUCAAGAAAGGCCUUCGCACCAUCGAUCACCCCCUCAAAAAUGCCGACGAUCUCCUCCACGAUGUCCUCAAAGCAGUGGAUACCUCCGGUGAUGGAAGGAUACAGUUCAAUGAGUUCAGAGUCUUUGUUGAGCAUGCUGAACAUGAAUUGUGGCAGUUGUUUGACAGUAUAGACAGAGACAACAGUGGUGGUUUGGACAAGGAUGAACUACGUUUGGCAUUCCGCAGAGCCGGCUUGACCAUCAGUACCUCAAAAUUGGAUCAAUUCUUUGAUGAGGUGGACACCAAUCACGACGGCGAGAUCAGCUUUGACGAAUGGAGGGACUUUCUCCUCUUCCUUCCAGCAAGUCAGUCCAGUCUACGCGCAAUGUUAUCCUAUUACUCCGCGACAACAAACGUCAACCAGGAAGGAGAUGUCCAUAUCAACGACACUCUCCAAGGGUUCGGUAUGAUGCAUCCUUCCCAUUCAUACUCCGAUGAAAAGGCGGCCAUUGCACAAUGCUGCCUCAACCUGGCAAUUGGCACAAUUCAUUUCAGUACAUCUCUAACGUUAUUGACAAUGCUGACAGAUUUUCUCCCUCCACCAGGCUAUUUCAUAGCCGGUGGAUUAGCAGGCAUUGUCUCGCGAACGGCUACUGCACCGUUAGAUCGGUUGAAGGUCUACCUAAUUGCGCAGACAAGCCCGAAAGAAGCUACAGUCAAAGCGGUCAAGGAUGGGAGACCUUUUCAAGUGCUCAGGAACUUUGGCCGACCUCUAGUCGACGCAUGCAAGGACCUAUGGGCUGCUGGUGGUCUGCGCAGUCUGUUCGCCGGAAAUGGCCUCAACGUCGUCAAAGUCAUGCCAGAGUCGGCUGUCAAAUUCGGCGCAUAUGAGGCUGCGAAAAGGUUCUUCGCCAAAAUCGACGACUCAGACCCAAAACAUCUACACCCUACUUCUCAAUUUCUGGCUGGUGGUAUUGGAGGUGUAGUGUCUCAGUGCUUGGUUUAUCCACUUGACACGUUGAAAUUCCGAAUGCAGUGCGAGACUGUCUCCGGUGGUCUACACGGAAAUGCCUUGAUCAUGCAGACAGCGAAGAAGAUGUGGACCCAGGGAAAACUGUUGCCAUACUACCGAGGUCUGGGUAUGGGUCUUGCUGGAAUGUUCCCCUACAGCGCCAUCGACCUUUUCAUUUUCGAAAACUGCAAAAACUAUGUCCUGGCUCGAAAAGCGAAGCAGGCACGAUGCCACGAAGACGACGUUGAAAUGAGCAACAUGACCACGGGAAUCAUUGGUGCGACAUCUGGUGCGAUUAGUGCCACAAUGGUAUACCCCAUCAACCUGCUUCGAACCCGACUUCAGGCCCAGGGUACGGUACUACAUCCACCGACAUACAAGGGCAUUGUGGAUGUGACCAUCAAGACGGUGCAAGGAGAGGGCAUCAAAGGAUUAUUCAAGGGUGUGACACCGAAUCUGUUGAAGGUCGCCCCAGCUGUGAGCAUCAGUUACAUCGUUUAUGAGAACAGUAAGGCGCUCAUGGGACUACGUUGA